CAAAGUCAUAGGUAGAUACAGUAAAGCUGGGAAUAGAGAUCAUGAGCCACCGGAUCCGACUUCCGAAAACGCUCUUGCUGGAACCAAGGGAAUGUUUGAACGACGAAAACACUCGGGGACGGAUGAGCUAUGUCGUAGACAAGGUUUGUAGGCAAGAGUGUAGCCGGACUGAAAAAGCUGCCACACAUUCUCAUACUGUAGUGCUCGCACGAGCGAUAAGGCGUACGUGGCCAGCCGAGAAUCCGAAAGGUUGUGGAGCACUCGGGCCUCGCUUGAGCUAGCUAGAUACACUUGGGACGUUCUACAACAUCAGCUUCUGCGUUCCCUCCGUCCCAAAAGCUCGCACAUUGGCGAAGUAUGGAAUGUAGGACACGCGACUGGAGGUUUCAGGCGUCUCUCUCUAAUCACUCGCUCACCGUGUAGGCCUCUGGCUACCGUAGUAGGCCAGACACAGACAUUUGGGCCGUACGUGACACUGCGAACAUUCUCCACACAAUACAUGUCUCUACCGUUACCGAUCGGCGAGCGGGACGUAUUGCUGCUGCUGCUGCUGCUGCUGCGGGCUGCCAGUCUUCUCACGAGGCGAACAGGAGAACCGACCGUAUGAACGCGUAGAGCAUUCCACUCCUCGAGCGAAGUCUGCAGGCUGCACUCAUCGAAGCCUCCUGCACAUAAUGCGGUCGCGCAAGGACCGUAGACUGGCCAUGCUCACAGACCGACCGUCAAUCCGUAGAUCGCCUUCGUUCCAGAGUCGCUCUCAUCUCUCUCGAUCGGCCCCAUCGCGUCGCCCUCCGUGUACAGACGACCUGGACACGGAAUGUAUCGGAGGCCUACGCGGGACGAGCUGGGGAGCAAGACAACACCUAUGGCGCUGCGGCCAAUCAAAAUCGCGCGAAAGAUUGAGUCCUGCGGGGUGGCCAUGGACAUCGAUGGCGAUCCCAGAACAUGGGAGCGUUCCCCGAGGCACAACGCCCUCGUCCCACUGUUCGUUCGGUGGGCUCAGGGCUGACCGACUCUCGCCCCGCUCGCAUCCAAAAUGUCGCCUGACUCCGGAAUCUGGACUUUCCUGCCAAUCUGCACUCUCUGCAGAGCGACCAAUCGCCGCGCGAUCUAUCACGGCCAGCGUCGCCCCCGAGCCCCGUCCUUCCGCAUGUCGAGUCCACCCUCGGGCCUGUUCCGCGAGUUGAGGCCAGAGCCCUUGUAAGAGACAAUCAUACCAGCGCUCCAGAGCCCAGAGAGCGCAGACCAUUCACGCCCCCACAGAUGGCAGUUCACCUAAACCCCCAGCCUCAUGCUCUUUCAACCGCCGGAACGCCCUGAGGGCCCUGAAGGCGAUAGACAAGGAUCCUUGACUCCUCACGCUGUCACGCUGCGUCUCAAUUUCUCAUACCCUCUGCAAAUCGUGGGGUGGGCUGCUCAUCACGGGGUUUCAGACCAGGCCUGCAAAGUCGUGGACGUCACCGCAUCCGGUCUGCGUAUGGGCCCGCAGAAAGAGACGUGAAGGACUGUCUCGCCCGAAGAGCUGACCGCGAAACACACCAAUUUAAUCGACAGCCAAGCGAGAUCGUUGCUCAAUCCGAGCUGUGCCGAUCGAAUCGUACGAGUUCGUUUUAUCCAUUUCCAUGUUGGCUCAUUUCGAACGAGCAUGAAAUGGGAAUGAAGUUCACCCCGACCGACAAACUCUUUCCUGUCGAGGUGGUUUCGAGACCUCAUACCUGGAAGCAGACUUCCGAAGCAAAGAUCCUGAAUUUACCACUUGCGAUGAAUUGCGCUGCAUACGAAAUUGGAGCGUGAAUGCCCUCGCACCUUGCCUGGAAAAUCCUCGACCCGGGCCAUACGCCACCAACAUUUUGGGGCCGAAUUGCAAGGCACAGUACAGUACGGUCAAGGACUGCCCUGUGCAGGAAGGAUGGGCUUGGCGUCAAGUUACUCGAGUAGCGAAAGAGCAAAGAGGUCUAGGGGAACUUGGGGGAGUGAGCAGAGGAGUACGGGGGCAUGGCGCAGUGGCAGACUGGCAGGGCAAUGGCAAGUGCAAGAGCAGUCCGUUGCUAAUGAUGGAAGGGGGUGAAAUCAGGCUCCUUGGUUCACUCGAUGGCACUCAGAAAAAGCACCCCCGCGUACCCAAAAUCAAUCCAUACGUCUUCCUUUCAGGAUGUACCUUGGAGCUUAUCAAAGGUCAAUGAAAAUUCUUUAUUGCGUUCGCAGAGAACAACUAUACUGUGGUAACACUUCCAACUAAUGCUGAUCAGAGCAGUAAGUACAGCGCACAGGGUAUAAGAUCAGACUUUCGUCAGGAUAUUUGUCGUGUCAUUCAUAUGGCAAAGGACAGAAUAGAAGGAGGAUAGUAAAGAGCCCAUAGUGGAGUACAAGAUAGAUAAAUGAAUAGUUUAAAAGACUUGUCUAGUAUCUAGGUUUAUCUACUUUUUAAGUAAUAAACGAGGGUUGGGAGCUGACAUUCAAUGGCAAGAG